AUGCGUCAGCGCCGCCUGGAAAGCUUCAAACUCCUCUGGGACAGCAACUAUUGGGAUCCUUCAGCCCGUAUGCCGAGACGAGCCGCUGCGAUUGCGACAUGUGAUGAAUAUCAACGAAAGCAUUCAUAUUUGUACGUCUUCCGGCACGCCUGUGCACCGGAGUUCCACGACUUCAUGAAGCACAUGCUUGAGCACCCCUGCAGAACUCAGCACCAGGAGGGCCAAGCCAUUGCCGACAUUUGUCUUUGCAAUGUCGUGCGAAGACAGGAUUCUUCCCUAAGCUUGGUACAGCAUGUCCUAGAUCACGGUGCUUCACCAAACCGUUACCAGGAGACAGGAUAUACAAAAGAUGAGCCUGUUUCUCUAGCCAUCAGGCAUGGUCGUUUGGACACAUUCCAGCUGCUGCUGUCCAGCGGCGCGAGUAUCCAUGGGAAGCGCUUCGGCUUGGGCAGAGACCGGAUUCUCCAGAUACCUAUAUUCGCCGCGGCCACGCACAUGGCUUCCCAUGGUCCACUCCUUGUACUCAAAUGCCUCGACGAGGGCGCCAGGAUCAACCACACUGCUCGGAUCAUCGACAGAAGCAAGCCGAGCCUUGGCACUGGCAGCCAUCGCGGUGCCCUGGUGCCGCUGCCCAUAUACGCCUACCUUGCGGCGAUCACGGACUGGGAGCCACACCCGGCAGCACCCAAACUCGGUCCCAUCGGCGGAGUCAAGCUUUGGUUGGAUCACGGCGUCACUGUCGCGCAGAACGGCAUACCAAUCUUUGACGACGACAUCCAACCUCGCAUGGGUCGUCGUAGACUUCCAAUACUGUCACUCGUCUGUUUUGUGCUUCUUCAGCGAGGUAUCCGACGUCUCCGGAAAGACGACUUUUUUGAGUUCAUCAGAUUCCUUGCCGGUCUUGGAUCAUCGCACGAACAGGUUCUGGAACUACGCAACAUGUAUCACGACAUAUAUCUCAGAGAGGGCUCGAUUGUUCGGGAGCGAUGGUCUGCGAUUCUUUUGCUUCUGGGUUGCGAUGAACCUUAG